AUGGUGCGUGCAAUCUUCUUCCUCCAGGUUGCGGUAUGGCUCAUGGCGGACCAUGUUGGAGCAAUGUCAACAACACUGCCGGAGUCCUGUCGCGAUGAGGCUUCCUGCGAGCUUCCGUUGACCCAUGCCGGUGACGAGAUGUCGGCCCUGCAGGCAGAGGUGCGCCCGGCUUGGGAUGCGGAAAAG